AUGUUUAACAUACACGGAGGGGGUCUGAGUAUUGGCUCAUCAUUUACUUUUCCCGGAGCCAAUGGCAGUAUUUUGGCCACACAUGAUGUGGUGUUUGCAUCGACGAACUACCGGUUGGGACAGUUGGGCUUUCUAUACGGGGAUCGGGAGGACGCGCCCGGAAAUGUCGGCUUUUAUGACCAGUUAUUGGCUCUCAAAUGGGUUAGAGAAAAUGCUCAUCAAUUUGGCGGAGAUAAGGAUCAGAUCACUAUAUUAGGCGGCAGUGCCGGGAGUUGGUCGGUGUCCGCACACAUACUCUCCCCGCUAUCCAAAGGCCUAUUCAAGAGGGCUAUUAUGGAG